CGCGGAGGCGGGGGAACGGGGGCGGCACCUUCCCCCUUUGCAGCGCCGCCUCCUCGCUCCCCGCAGCUCCGCACUCCCGCCGCCCGUCUCCGCCGCGGCACCGCAGCCCCCGCCCUAUGGACCCGGGACCCGGGGGGGCAGCCGCGGGGGGAGCGGGGCUCCUCCUGCCCCUCAGCGACACGGAGCAGCAGCGCUACUCCGAGCUCUUCUCGCUCUGCUGCUCGCCCGCGCCCGAGGGCGGCUCGGCGCCAGCCCCAGCCGCCGGGGGGAGCAAAGUGGGCGACUUGUUCAGGGCAUCGCAGCUCCCUGCGGACACGCUGCACCAGCUUUUGUAGAAAAUGAACUUCCUCUGCACGGUGUCAAGAUUUCUGAGAUCACAGAACUUUGUGGGGCAAAACGUGUGGGUUAUUUUGGUCCGGCUCAGUUUUAUGUUGCUUUGAAACUAAUUGCUGCAGCGCAGUCUGGCCUUCCAGUACGGAUAGAGAGCAUUAAAAGUGAAUUGCCUCUUCCUCGGUUUAUGGCACUCAAAAAUGACAUUGAAAUGAGAUAUGGAAAUGCAGCAGAAAUACACGGAGUUAAAUUUCAGCUUCCACAUCCAACCUUGGAAAAAAAUUCCUUCAAAAGAUCAGAUGAAGGGGAUAAAAAGCAGGAAACCAAGUCUCCUCCCAUGUCACCGAUGUGUUCACCUCCUGCUUCUCCAUCUAAUUACCAGAGGAUACCCUUGAGUUAUGGCUAUGGCAAGUCAAGGAGUGGGCUUGAACAGCCACAUGGAGUUUCUUAUGAAGCUAGACAUUCUACACACCAACAAGAUGGACCAGCAACGGGAAAUUAUGGAUCCAAAUCUGCACUUGUACAUUCCUCUCUUAGUCGGUCUCUUUCAGUAGAAAGGGAGCCACAGGACAGCAGUAAUUACCCAGAUGACCCCUGGAGGAUAACUGAGGAACAGCGAGAAUAUUACAUCAACCAGUUCAAAUCCCUACAGCCUGAUCUGAACUCUUUCAUUUCAGGUUCCGUGGCUAAGAAUUUCUUCACAAAAUCCAAGCUUCCCAUCCCAGAACUUUCUCACAUAUGGGAGCUGAGCGAUGUAGACUGUGAUGGAGCGCUGACGCUGCCAGAAUUCUGUGCUGCAUUUCACCUCAUUGUUGCUAGGAAGAAUGGUUAUCCAUUGCCAGAUACGCUGCCGGAGACCUUACUGCCAGAUUACCUUCAACCAGCUUCCUUUAAGCCUAAACGUGACUGCGCAUUAUUGGAUUCUUAUUCUGAAUCAUUGCCAGUCAGUCAACAGACCAGGGACUUUAAUCGAACUGAGCUUGAAACUGUCCGUGAAGAUCCAACCAACUCAGAGCCGUUGAUUCUCUUUGAUGUGGCGACCUCCGUUGUUGAGCCAAAGACAUCGGUUGAGGAGAUGCCUGAUAAAUCUGCCCUGACGCAAGAUGCAAAUAGUGAUGACAGUCAAGCUCUGAACAUAAGCACUACUGCCAAAACAAUACCAAAGGAUUUUAAACCAUCUCAACACUUGUCUGUCAAAACAGUUGUUCAGGAAUCGAACACACUCAAGGCAAGACCAAGAUCCAGGUCGUAUUCCAGCACAUCUAUUGAAGAUGCAAUGAAAAAGGGUGAAGAGCCCCCUAUGCCACCACCAAGGCCGCAGAAAUCACAUUCCAGAGCCUCCUCCUUGGACCUAAAUAAAAUCUUCCAGCAAAACACACAAGCUGUGAAGUCAGGUUGGUUACCACCACCACCUGCCCUGCCCCCUAGGCCUUUUGUAUCACAGCAGGGUCCUCACCAUGUCACAAAUACCGAGCCUGUUGCCCAGGCCAAAUCCAGCUAUGUAGAAUUCAGACUAAAGGAACAGACAGAACAAGUAUCUGAGAUGGAAUUACAUCCUCAGAUGAAUAGAGCUCCAUCACAGACAGAAGAAAGCAGCCCAACGAGAAAGGAGAUUCUGCUUUCUCAGCCACCAUCCAAACCAAUCCGAAGGAAAUUCCGCUCCGAAAAUCAGAUGUUGGAAAACCAGGAGCUUACUCCCACUAGCAUUGUGACCUCUUCCUUGCCUGCAGUCAAACCCCAUCUUCCAGCCCAAAACAGACAGUCUUCCAAACAGAAGAGGGCUAUUCAGACUGCUAUUCGUAAAAACAAAGAAGCCAAUGCGGUGCUAGCAAGGUUGAACAGUGAACUCCAGCAGCAACUGAAGGAAGUUCACAAAGAACGAAUUGCAUUGGAGACUCAGUUGGAACAGCUUCGUCCUGUAACUGUCUUGUGACCUUCAGUACAUUAUUUAAUGGCAAUAAAUGGACAUUUGUGCCAAGAAUUUUUGACUAUUAGCACAACAAUGUGAAGUCUUUGUAAAGUUUUCACUGAGGCAAAGUGGAAUGUGAGUUGGGUUUGUUGGGUUUUUUUGCACACCACCUUGCACAUUUUCCCUUUCAGAUGAAGAGGGUAGAUGAGAUAAAUGUCAAACCGUAGGUUAUGUUUAAGAAAUGAAAGUUGUUUCCAACUUGUCCUUCAGGAUAUUACAAAAUGCAGUUAACCACCAAAAUCAAUCAUCUAACUCUGAAAUUAUUAGUGGUUUAUUUAUUUAAAGAAUUCCUGAUUUAUGUACUUCCUUGAAAACCAAUUAUUAAAAGUUUCAUGCAUUCAAAAUUCUUCUUUAUAUUUAAAGUUCCUAUUCUAAGGUGGUUUCUUGGAUGUUACUGAUUUCACAUAGGUUUAUACCAGGAGGUAGUGUCUGUGGCUUUAAAACACAACAGAGAAUAAAAAUAAUUGUACAGAUAGUCUAUAUUCACAAUCACCUGUCACUUAAUUGUCUUUUUAGUGCCAUUUAUGAUUAUUGGUCAUUUAUGUCUUAUAAAUAUUGCAGGGUUUGUGUUUUAUAAGUUAAAAAUCAUGUGAAAAUGCAGUUUUGAGAACUAAAAAGUGUUGAAACUUGCUGAUUUUAGAAACUUUUUUUUUUAAAGCUAUACUCCCCAGGGAAAGUUAGAAAUGGGCAUGUUUCUCUGUAUGUAAUUAAUGUGUGCUUGUUAAAACAACAGCAUUGUAAUUUUACCACUGGAAGUUAAAAUGAAGCAUACUGUAUGUUGUGCUUGUCUUUGGAGACAUGGGUUUUAUUUCAUGUUUGUUUGCAUUGGUCUGCAUUCCUGUUUUACUAGCUAUUGCGUUUUUUUAAAGGACCUGAACUAGAUGUUUGAUUCCAAAUGAAAUAAACAUAUGUGUAUGCUCUAGGUAGGAUUUUUAAUGACUAUGAUGUGAAGAAAUGAAUCCUACAAGGGGUUGUCCAUUGAGUAGCCUUAAUACCGCACAGGAGAGGCUCAUUACGGGAUGAGGCUCCCAGGACCUUUCCCUUCUCCAAAGAGAGAGUCAAAGGCUAUAGUACUCUAUCUGGGUCUGAUCCAGGGCCAGUUGAAGUCAAUGGGCAUCUUUCCAUUGACUUCAGUGGACAUUGGAUUAAGUCCUCUGAGACUUUCUGACAAUGGGGAAGCUUUCUAGUGAACCUUUUAGGUAUUGGGCCAAUCCUCUUAUAACAGGUAGUUUUAGAAGUAAUGAAAUCAGCCUGUCCCCUUUGACAUAUGCCUUAUUGAUAAAAACAUAGCAUGCACGCCAUCCUAUUUCUUUCCUUCCCCCCUCGCAGCCCCACAUGAGAUGCAUUGUAUAGUCCAUUGCUCAGUGAUGUAAACUAAGCGUCUGCAUUAAGUUUGCAAAAGCUCUGCGUACAUUUUCUUCUAUUAUUUUUGAUGUUUUAUCCAUCUUGUUUUGGAAUGCUCCCGAAGGGUGUGUUAGAAGUAACUAGCCAGUCUCCUGUCGGGAUACAGUGCAAAAUGGAUAAACGUGAAAAAGCUGUAGCGGAAUAGCAGAGCAGCCAGAAGUUUUUUCGAGACGUAAAACAAGAAUGACAUCAAUGUAAAUGUUUAAAGUUGACAUGGUGACUGAACAGACUCCCUUGGCUGAAGUUUAUAUGGAUUCAGAGUUUAUAAAACGUUAUUCCAAUGUUGGGAGGGCAGUCCUCACAUUUGUAAAACUAUGUUAACUGAAAGUUUGUUUGGUAAUACACCUCUACCCCGAUAUAAUGCGGUAAAGCAGCGCUCGGGGGGGGAGGGGGGGGAGAAGUUGCGCACUCUGGUGGAUCAAAGCAAGUUCGAUAUAACGCGGUUUCACCUAUAAUGCGGUAAGAUUUUUUGGCUCCCGGGGACAGCGUUAUAUGGGGUAGAGGUGUACGUCACUUCUUAGCUAGCUAACCACUGUUCGUGUCUACGACACAGAACUGAAUUUUUGGAUUUCUGACUACUUCUGUGUUAAUGCUAAUGUUAAAACAUCUCAUGUUAAUGAGAUGACCAUGGUUUGUGACUAAAUGAAGUUAGAAUCACAGCUUCUCCCCAGUGAGCUGCAGAAGAAAUCUGCCAUCAUCUUCCCUAUUAGUGACAAUGUUCAGAACUUACACCAGUCAUUUUUAGAGAGACAAGGUGGAUGAGGUAAUAUCCUUUAUUGGACCUACUUCUGUUGGUGAGAGAGACAAGUUUUGCAGCUCAAAAGCUUGUCUCUGUCACCAGCAGAAGUAGUUCCAAUAAAAGAUAUUACCUCAUCCACCUUGGCUCUCUAAUAUCCUGGGACCAACACUGCAUACACGAGUCAUUCUUUUCAUUUACAAAAUUGAAUUGUUAGAUUUGAGUGAGUUUAAAUUUUUUUUAAUUCUUGUUUUGUCGUUUUAUUAAGUAACAAAAUGACAAUUUUAAAGGACAGAGUUGGGUGGCACUUUCCAUAUUUGUGAUCCAGAAUGUUUGGGAAAACUCUUAAGAAAUGUGCAAAUGUUUUAUUAAGCGCUUUGGGUGAGAUUCUGCAGAUCUUAUUCAUGUUGAGUAGGACCUUACUUCACAAGAAGCCUCAUUUAUUUCAGUGGGACUACUCAUGGAGUAUGAUGCUACGCUUAAGUAAGGGUGGAGAAAAGUAGUCCAUAGGGCUUUUUCAAAGAUCUGUCAUGCAAAGUACUAUUAUAAUUAUUCCUUAUACUAUGAAUCAGGAUACCUGGAUGACCAUCAGUGGAACAUGUUACUUAGGCUUGGUCUACACUAGCAACUUAUGUCCACACCCCUGAGCAAGGCAGUUGUACUGACCUAACUAACUCCUGGUGUAGACAGCCUUAUGUUGAUGGGAGAGCUUCUGUCAACAUAGCUGCCACCUCUCGGGGAGGUGGAGUACCUAUGCUGAUGGGAGAACGCCUCCUGUCAGGGUAGGUAGUGUCUUCACUGAAGCGCUACAGCAGCACAGCUGCAUCUGCGUAGCUGUGCCACUGCUGCCUUUUAAGUGUAGACAGGCCCAUAGUCCUCCUGAAUCAUAGGGGUUAAUACAUAAAAGGGUUUAUACCAUUUCUGAUGCUGAGCUUUUAGAGCUGCAUUCUAAUGUUCUACUGAGCUCAAGGGGCCAUCCUAAUUCAGUCAUUGUAUGUGUCGUUUAUUAUAUUAUUGAUGGUGGUGUACCACUUUACACAGUGUGGAAAGCAAAAUAGCAAGGGAAGAGUUGAGACAUGUUUUAUCUCUGAAGCACAAAAUCAGGAAGCAAGUUACCUGGAGUAUCUUCCUAGUACUUUGACAGUUCUGAUAGCCUACAGAAGAUGUAAAAUCCGCUCCUGCUGUUAUUUUGGUUUAAAAAUAAAAUGUAAUGGGAGUUACAGGUGCUCAGCCCCUUUGAAAAUCAGGCCAUUUAUUUAGGUGCAUAUAGCUAAGUCCCAUUUUCAAAAGUGACCUAGGCCUUUAGAAGCUUAAGUCCCAUUAAUUUUCAAUGAGACAUAAGGAAAAAAUGUCAAAAGUGCUUAAGUGACUUAGGACUUUCAAUGAGACAUAGGCUCCCAAGCUCCUAAGUUACUUUUGAAAAUGUGACUUUGGCUCCUAUGUCACAUAGGCUACACUUUUGAAAUUGCCUUAGGCUAAACUUUUCAAACAUGGGUGCCUAAAAUUAAGCACCUGUAAUGGCCUGAUUUUCAGAAGUGCUGAACAUCCAUAAAUCCCGCUGAAGUCAAUGGGAACCAAGUGCUAAGAACUGUUUGAAAAUCAGGCCAUUUUAUUUCUGUUCUAAAUGUAUAUAAUGGCUCAACAUCAGACACAAUGAACAAGUUGUGGGGACCUGUUUAAAGAUAGAACAGUCUGACUUUACAAUCACAGAACAUUGUUUAAAGAUAUUAAAUAUUAAAGAUUAAUGUUCUGGUUAUUAAACUAGUAUUAGGACACCAUGGACAUUUAUAUAAUAUCUUUUAUUAUGGCUCCCAUAUUGGUGGAUUAAAAAAUAUCAGUCAUUAGCAAGUUCACCCUGUUAGGUUCAGAAAUGUCAGUUUUAACUUGAAACAUUAUUUCCAAGCACAGUUUUAUAGGAUGGGAGAUGGUCACUUCAGCGAGAGGAACUUUUUCAGCUUUCUUCUAAACAUUCCAAGCUUCAUAUUGUACUCAGGGUCUCGGAGCAUAUCUUGUCAUUUCACAUACUACACUUGCACAUGCAAGCAGGGUAGACAAUUUUCUUUAGGUGGUGGCCUGGCCUAAAAUAAGAAAUAAUCUUGAGAGAUGCAAUGAGGGAGGUUAGGGUAGUUUUUCAUACCUCAAACCCUACUUCAUACCUAACAAGACUUGGAGGACAAUUGUUUGCAUUACAGAACUACCUUGGGGGGUGGUUGUGAUUUGGAACUCUUCACAAGAAGCUUUAGGAUAAGCUUAAUAUGGCAAUUCUCUCUCCCUGUUGUAGAAGCUGCUUCCGCCAAGUUUAAAUCCCAGAUCAUGACACAGACAGUUUGUGAAAGCUUCCCCAGUCUGAAAGGGAGGAGCAUCACUUCUCCAGCACUGCCAGUCCUUUAGCCUUCAGCACAUAUACACCUUAAUUGACAAGAAGUAGUUGUCGUUAUAAAAGUCAGGAUGGGAAAGAGGGAUAAUGAACCCACAUAUUUUAGCAACUAGAGUGAAAACUUAUUUUUUCAAGACAUGACUAUCCCAAAUGAGAAGAAAUAUAUAUUUUGAAGCUUUUCUUUAUCUUCAUGAAACUAUGUAUUACAUCUUUGUCUGCUAUUGAUCAUUUGAUAUAAAACUGGUAUUGGGAGCCUUAUUGUUAAUCUAAAAUUUUAAAAAAGUUCCCCUCAGGUUACUAUAUAUUUGUAUAUUACACAGUGUAGUUGAUAACCAUAUUCCAGAAGACUUGUUUUCACAGCUACAGAAAUGUUAGUGUGGUAGAUUGCAGGAUAUAUAACAUUCUAUACUAUGCACAUCCAAUUUUGGAAAAUGUAUAUGGUAUGAAACUGGGUGCUCUUGUAAAAUAAAAAGCUACAAUAGCUUCCAA